AUGAAGACCUUCACACUUUUCUCGGCCUUCCUGGCCACAGCCAUCGCUGCCCCAGCCACACUUGCGCCAAGCGAUAUCACACCACGCACAUUGGGCGUCCUCAAGGGCCUUGCCAAAUGUCCGGCAAACCCAGCUCAACCCGACGGGAAAUUACCAAAGGGAAGCAUAUCGACCUCAGCCCUGGUACCCAUCAGUGCGAAGAACCCCGACAAGGCAUACCCAGCUACCGAAUGGGCGACCGUCACCCCAAAAGACAAAUGUACAAUCUUCAACCUCGAGCUCGACUCCGACGCCACCCAAGGCAAAAUCUGCAACCUCGUCUUCGACUUCCCUUCUCUCGUCCAAGCACCCGGUCUCUUCGUCUUCAAGGGACCCGGACAUUUCACAUUCACCGGUUAUGCCAUCAACGCUGGUGGAGAGCCCGGUGUUACUACAUACAACAAGCAACCGGCUCCAGGUCCUAGCCCACCGAACCCUCCAGCAGUCAUAAAGCCAGGCAACAGCUAUGUUGUCAACGGUGCGCCGUGUGGAAUUCCGCCUGGUAUUGGGAAGGUCACUGUUAGUGGAGCGCUGUGUUCCGAAGACACGACUUUGACGUUCAAGCAAAGCGAUUUGAUCUGUCCAUUGGGCUUCUAUGUUGUGCUUACUGACGAUCCUAAUGCGGGAGGGUAUGCAGCUCCUCACUAG